CCUGCACCUACGGUUGUAAGGAAGGCUAUUAGAUAUUUAAAUAUGUAAUUCGCACUCCGACCUGAGAAAGGCAGCAAUACGCAAUACAGCGUCUACUCUGUCGGAAACGCACAAGAAGAACAGCAACCGUUUUUAGCUUACAAAUAGGGUUCGUGUUGUCUAAUUGUGUAGCCUUUUAUAUAUCUCUAAACUUUGUCGAUUUAGCUCACAUUUGCAGCAACAUUUUUAUCCCAGUACACUAUCAUGCAGCUGUUUAGCUAGCUUGAGUCGUUGAGUACAGAAGCGAGUUUCUCAAAACAAGGCACUUGUUUUUAAAAUUGACGGUAUUGUUAUUUAAGUCUACUUGUCGUGUGUCAUCCGUCCCCAAUGGGGUUCAAUAAGACAUACAUCAGUAUCGGGUAUGCCACUUUUGGCAUGCUUAUAGGAUUCUCUGCAUUUCUCGUGUGGAACAUCGCGUACAAUCAACCAUGGACAGCUGCAAUGGGAGGAUUAUCAGGUGUGCUGGCACUCUGGACCCUUAUCACCCACGUCAUGUACCUGCAGGACUACUGGCGCACCUGGCUGAAGGGCCUCAAGUUCUUCCUCUUCAUGGGAGUCUUCUUCGCCCUGCUGGCUGUGGUGGCCUUCAUCACCUUCCUCUCCUUUGCCAUCAUCAACAAAGAAUCACUGACUGACCCGAGGAGUCUGUUCCUGUCGGGCGUGUGGAGCUUCUUGACCCUGAAGUGGUCCUUCCUGCUGGCCCUCUACUCCCACCGCUACCGCAAAGAGUUUGCCGACAUCAGUAUUCUCAGUGACUUUUGAUAAGGGCCAUUGAACCCCCUCUAUAAUGAGGGAAUGUGUACCUGGACCUCCACCCAUGCCCGCGCCUCCUCGUUUAGGUUACCCUCUCUUUUCCUGUGUCUGUGAAAUCAAAUCGAAGUUAAUUUGUCACGUGCACAGGAUACAACCGGUGUAAACAGUACAGUGAAAUGCUUACCUGCAAGCUCUUCCUCAACAAUGCAGUACUCAAUAUCAAAGGGAAAGAAAUAGAACAUCUAGAAUAGAAUGUUAAAAAUAUCACAGAAACAGGGAAUGCUCAGCACCUGCUAGCCAGUCUAUCCACAAGUUGAUCCCGAUUUUAUACCCUUUUAUGGAUUUUACAAUCUUCCUAUACAUACAGUACCGUUCAAAAGUUUGGAAAUGUCCUUGUUUUCGAAAGAAAAUCAAUUUUUUGCUCCUUAAAAUAACAUCAAAU